GGCCUCUUGGAUCUGACCCUAUCUUGUGAGAGAAUUACUGAACGGAUAUUUAAACAUGGGGACUCCUGGUUCAGGAAGAAAAAGAACGCCUGUGAAAGAUAGAUUCUCAGCAGAAGAUGAAGCCUUGAGUCAUAUUGCCAGAGAGGCAGAAGCACGGCUCGCAGCCAAACGUGCAGCCCGAGCAGAAGCAAGAGAUAUACGCAUGAGGGAACUGGAACGACAACAGAAAGAGCUUUCUCAACGUUCUUAUGAUAGAAAAUGGGGACAUAUCCAGAAGUGGAUGGAUGAUUCAGAGAAGGCUAAGUAUUCACACCGGCCCAGCCAUCGGUCAUAUCUGAGCUCCUCAUUGGAUGUCAGUGGGUCACACAGGAGCAGAGCAAGUACCUCCAGAAGGAGAGAUCCUGUGAGCCCCGGUUAUAGUGAUUCUCAUGGUGGGAAGAAGUCUUCCAGCUCACAUAAAAACCUUUUGAGCGGAUUUUACCAUGACCAAAGAAAUUACAGCAGCCUUAGACAUAGCAAACCACUUUCCACCUACCACCCUCGGUCAUCUUCUCUCUACAGUGAUCCUUUGGCAACAUCUAAGAGUUACAGGGUGUCUCCAGAUGUAAAAGCUGGUUUGAUAAGAAGUGCCAGUUUGGCAUCACUGUGUGGUGAUGGACUGCAUAAUACAUAUAGCUAUUAUACUCCUUCUGAAUACAGUUAUUCUUCAAGAGCAAGUUCAGCACGAAGUAGUCCAGUGUUUACAGAUGAUGAAGCAGGGAGUACUGUAUCAUCUAAUCGCGCCAUGCGAGGGCGGAGGGAUAGCAUGUCAACUGACUUUUCAGAUCAUAGUGAAACUGCAGCUGAUUAUUUUAGCCGUUCAAAUCGUAGGGGAAGCAUUGUUUCUGACUUGGAUGAUGUCAGCAUUCCAGACUUGAACAGUCAAGAAGACAAGUGUGACAAGCAGUAUUCUGACUUCUAUGUAAGGCCUUCAUCUCGCAAUUCAGCAACUCCUUUGAGUGGAAAUUCAUCUAGACGAGGAAGUGGGGAUACUGGCAGUUUGGUGGAUCCUGAUACCUCAUUAAGUGAAUUGCGGGAUAUCUAUGAUCUUAAGGACCAGAUACAAGAUGUAGAGGGGAGAUACAUGCAGGGCCUUAAAGAACUAAAGGAGUCACUUGCUGAAGUAGAAGAAAAAUACAAGAAAGCAAUGGUUUCUAAUGCCCAACUGGAUAAUGAGAAAAACAAUUUGAUCUAUCAAGUGGACACUCUGAAGGAUGUCAUUGAGGAAAGAGAGGAGCAGUUAGCAGAAUACUACAGGGAAAAUGAAGAAAAAUCUAAGGAAUUGGAAAGGCAGAAACAUCUGUGCUCUGUUCUGCAGCAUAAGGUAGAUGAACUUAAAGAGGGCCUUCGUCAAAGAGAUGAACUUAUAGAGGAGAACCAGCGCACCCAGCAGAAAAUAGAGUCUCUAACCAAAGAGGUGUUUGACCUCCAGGAGACAGUUAAUUGGAAAGAUAAAAAAAUUGGGGCCCUAGAGAGACAGAAAGAGUACUUUGACUGCAUUAGGAUUGAGCGAGAUGAGCUCAGAGAUGAGCUGGCUGACCUCAAGGAAGCAAUGAAGACAGGAGAGAAAAAUGGAUUAGUUAUAAUCCCAGAUGGCACUCCAAAUGGCGACGUCAGCCAUGAGCCGGUAGUUGGCGCAAUAACAGUGGUAUCACAGGAAGCUGCUCAGGUGUUGGAAUCGGCAGGGGAAGGACCACUAGAUGUUAGGCUACGAAAGCUAGCAGGAGAAAAGGAAGAGUUAUUGUCACAGAUUAAAAAACUGAAGUUACAGUUGGAAGAGGCACGGCAGUCUUCUAGAAAUGAUGGCACAAAUACUGAUCUAACAGGAUUGGAAAACGGUUCUGAUUUGCAGUUAAUUGAAAUGCAGAGAGAUGCCAACAGGCAAAUAAGUGAAUUCAGAUUUAAACUUUCAAAGGCUGAACAGGAUAUAACUACUUUAGAACAAAAUAUUGUAAGACUAGAAGGACAAGUGUUAAGAUACAAAACUGCUGCGGAGAAUGCAGAAAAAGUAGAAGACGAACUCAAAGCAGAAAAAAGAAAACUUCAGCGAGAGUUAAGAACAGCAUUGGACAGGGCAGAAGAGAUGGAGAUGACCAACAGCCACUUAGUAAAAAGGUUGGAGAAGAUGAAGGCAAACAGAUCGGCACUUUUAUCUCAACAGUAGAAAAGAAGUUUAAAAAAAAUUAUGCACUGCUCCUUGAAAUAACUUCCCUUAGCUUGUUUUAAUACAGACUUUCUUUGGCACAAACUUUAAACACUGAGCGGUUCAGUGAGUUUUUAGUUUCAUAAUUAAGUGGCGAAUAUUUUGUAACCUGAGAGAAUGAAAAAUGAGUUUGAAUUUCUAUGUGGAUGAUGAGUUUUUAGCAUCUUAAUUCUAGAAUCUGCUAUAAACUAUUUUCACAAUUGUGAGAUCAAGUUUAUUCAUUGAACUCCUUCCACCUGCUUUAAUAAUGCUUGGUUCUUGGAAACAACUGCAUAGAUUGAAGAGGAUGCUGCAUUACAAACUAACCAAUGACGUGCUGUCAAGACAUCACAUGGCACAAGUGCCUUCUAUAUGGUGCAAUGUAGACUUCAGUGAUUAGAUUAAAAACCUUUGGAAUUGCAUAAUGUUUUAUUUUAAGAUACAUUUUGGGGUCUGUUUGCUAAACUUUAUACAUUUUGAUGGAAGACACUUUUGUAAAAUAUUUAAAUUUAUAUAAAAUAGAAGUGACUGUAUAAAAUUUGCUUUGUUGCAUGGGUGAUGCACAUCUGAGUUCUCAGCUCCCAAAAGUACUGUCCCAAGCUGCUCUUAACAAAAGAGUAGUAACUGUUCUCUUUGUUGUACGUUGUAAAACCUGGUGUGAUCUACUUAAGGGUGGAGUGAAACAUUGGGUGGGGAAAAUGUGGCAGAAAAAUUUAUUAAAUGGACACUUUAUUU